GGCGGGAGGGAGACAGACGGACGGACAGACAGAGAGAGAGGAGAGGUAGCGACUGUGGGCGCCGGUUCCCCUUCCCUCAGGCCCAGGCCCGGGCUCAGGCCGACAGCACAGAAACUUCUGGACAAUAAGGCUGUUAGAACUUCACCAGGAAUAGGAAUAACUUACAUGUUAAAGUGUUGCAAUCUGUCCUGUUGGUUGGACGUUGACAGGUGGAGAUUAUUGAGUCAAAAUGUCACCAGAGGUUGCCUUAAACAGAAUUUCUCCUGCACUUCGUCCCUUCAUAUCCAGUGUGGUCAGAAAUGGAAAAAUUGGUUUAGACGCUACAAACAUCCUAAAAAUAACUGACCUUAAAUCAGGUUGUACAUCCCUAACACCCGGACCUUGUUGUGACAGGUUUAAACUGCACAUUCCAUAUGCUGGAGAAACAUUAAAAUGGGAUAUUAUUUUCAAUUGUCAUUACCCAGACCUGCCUCCAGACUUCAUCUUUGGUGAAGAUGUUGACUUUCUGCCUGAACCCACAACUCUCCACCAUUUGAAUGCCUGGAACUCCCAGAAUCCAGACUGUCUCCUGCUUGUUAUUAAGGAACUGGUGCAGCAGUACUACAGAUAUCAAUGUGAUCGACUCCAUGAGAGCUCACGCCUUAUGUUUGAGUAUACAGCACUACAGGAGGGGCCUGAAUUUGGAGACAACAUGGAGAUCUACGCAGGAAGAAAAAAUAACUGGACCGGUGAAUUUUCUGCCCGUUUCCUUUUGAAGCUGCCAGUGGACUUCAGUAACAUUCCAACCUACCUUCUCAAGGACCCCACGAUAGACCCAGGAGAAGAUGUUGCUCUUCUCUCAGUCAGUUUUGAGGAUGCUGAAGCCACUCAAGUGUUUCCUAAACUAUACCUGUCUCCAAGAAUUGAACAUGCACUUGGAGGGAAUUCUGCCCUUCAUAUCCCACCAUUCCCCAGCGGUGGUUGUCUUAUAGAUUAUGUGCCACAAGUUUGCCAAUUACUUACCAAUAAGGUGCAGUAUAUAAUCCAGGGCUAUCACAGAAGGAGAGAGUACAUUGCAGCCUUCCUGAGUCACUUCGGAACGGGUGUCGUAGAAUAUGAUGCUGAAGGAUUCACCAAACUUACAUUAUUACUUAUGUGGAAGGACUUCUGUUUUUUAGUUCACAUUGAUUUGCCCCUGUACUUUCCACGGGAUCAGCCCACUCUGACGUUCCAGUCAGUCUACCAUUUUACCAGCAGUGGACAACUCUAUCAGCAGAUCCAGAAGUCCUACCCGUACAGUCCACGCUGGGAUGGCAACGAAAUGGCUAAAAGAGCAAAAGCUUACUUCAAAACCUACGUUCCUCAGUUCCAGGAGGCAGCCUUUGCUAAUGGGAAAUUGUAGUUGACACCAAGGUUGCAGAAGGAAGCCAAUCAGACAUCAGACAGAUGCAGUUGUUUACUUUGAUUUGUUCUUUACAUUUUGUUCUUCCUCAUAUGUGAUGAGUCUGACAUUGGAUAUUGAUAUUUACUGCUACUUAUUUGGUUGCAUUUUAUUCAGAGAUCUGUUGUAACCUAUGAAAAUGUUUAUUUUAAUUGUACUUUGUCUCAGAAUGUAAUUCAGGCCUUAUAUUGCAAACAUAUGAAUGCUUCAGAUGGUUCUAAAAAAAAGGUCUGUGUUACAAUAAACACUCCCAUUACACAGCCUGAAUGAUCUGUUAUAUUAUUAAAAUAAAAAUAAUUAAUUAUG